AUGAAAGGUGGUUCUUUUAAUCAAAAGAAGAAAGAGGCUGGCUCAAUCGAAAAACCUUCAUCUACUUUAAAUUCUACCAAUGGUACUAAAUUUAGAUCAAACAACAACUCUAAUAGCAAGACUUCAUCUUCAUCUUUAUCGAAUAAUUCGUCUAAUAACUCAGCAUCCUUAUUUUUUGAAAAUAGUGAUACCACCAAGAACUUCGAUGAUAGACAAGACUACCUUUUAGUCAACAGUAUUGGGUCUAAUGUUGUUGCCACAACAACUUCUGGCAUUAAAUAUUCUGGUAUUUUAAUUGCAUGUGACCUGGAAUCAAAACAAGGGAUUAGCAUUAUUUUGAAGUACCCCAAAAUUAUUGACUCAACUUUUAAAAAUAAAGGUACUGCUUCGACAACCACCAAUGCCUUAGAAGAUGACUCUGAAACUUUAUUAUUGUCAGGUAAAGAUGUAGCCGACUUGAAGUUGGAUAACGUUAAUUUUGCUAUUCCUUCUUCUGCCUCAAAUUCAACUACUCAUGCUACAAACUCUGCAAUUGCUUCAUCUGAAUCUUCUCCAUCUGCUUCUGCUGCUACUACCACCACCUCAUCAACAUCUUCAACACCGAUUGCAGCAACACCUUCAGCCGCCACUACUUUGACUGGAGCUUCCAAAGUGAAUACUAAGAUAUCCACUCCUGUAGCUACUCUUACUUCUACGAAGAAUAACCCUAUGCCUGCCUCUGUAAAUAAUUCCAACGCUACAAAAGGGAUUUCUAAGAAUAACAACAACAAUACUAGAACCACCAAUAACAAUAACUCCAAUGGGGCCGGAUUUAAAACAGAUGUUGAUAUCUCCAAGACCGGUAUGCCAAUCAAACAACGUGAAUUACAAAGAUGGACUCCAGAUAAUUCCGAUUUAUCUUCUAAUAACUUAAACAAUGGCGGCGAGGGUCUAACUUUAGAAGAAUCUUCAUAUACUUGGGAUCAAUUUGCAGUUAAUGAAAAGAAAUUCGGCGUUACAUCAAGUUUUGAUGAACAUUUUUACACUACAAAGAUUAAUAAAAAUGAUCCUAAUUAUGCAACUCGAUUAAAAGAAGCUGAAAGAAUUGCAAAAGAAAUUGAAUCUCAAGGUACUUCGGGUAAUAUUCACUUGGCUGAAGAUAGAGGUAUUAUCAUCGAUGAUUCUGGUAUGGAUGAAGAAGAUUUAUAUUCUGGUGUUGACAGAAGAGGUGACGAAUUAUUAGCUGCCUUAAAGACAAAUGCCAAGCCAACUCCACAAAAACCUUCCAGAUAUAUUCCACCUACAUUAAGAAAUGAACCCCAUAACAUGGAUCCUGCUAUUAUUUCUUCAAGUACAUCAAAGAAAACUGUGAAAAACUUUACUUCCCAACCACAACAACCACAUAUUAAAACAAAACAACCAAAUAACACAGAAGCAACAGCCAUUUCUGGUGCCCCAAUUGCCUCUCCACCUUUGAAGAAGGCUACUACUCCUGCAAACACUUCUUCCACUACUGCUACCACUAGUACAAGUAAAGAUAGUGAGACUAAACCAAAUGGUAAAACUCAAGAAAAGGAGAAAAAUCCGAUCACUAAAACUCAGAUGACCUUCCCAAGCAAACUGAACAAACCAGUUAAGCCACCAUCUUCUGGUAAACCAGGCAUUCAUGGUUCAAAUAUCCCAAUAUCAUUAGACUCUAUUAAUUUCAAAAAGAAAGAUGCUCAAAUUGAGGCAUUUAAAAAUUUCUCUCAAAAUCUGAAAGUUCCUUAUGCUGUACCAGAAGAUAUGAAGAAAACAUCUAAACAAGAUUCAUCUUCAUUAUCAAACAGUAGCUCAACAUUCCAAUCAAGAUCAAAUUCAAAGACAAAACAACAAAAUAAUAAUAACAAUAACAAUAAUAUCAAUAACUCUCCACAAAAUAAAAAUGAUUUGAAUAAUAUUAACAACAUCAACAAUACUAAUAUCAGUAACAAUUAUAACAUGAAUAAUAGCAAUAUAAACAGCAACACUAGAAGUUCUGGUAACUCAAGAAUUCAUUCACAAGGUCAAACUUCAAUGUAUUCACCUGCUUCAUCUAGAAUCAAUACAUCCUCAAGAAGACGUAAUCAUAUGGGGUCAUUCUUUGGCUCAAAGCCUCCACAGGCUGAUGCAAAUAAGAAAAAAUUGUUUUCCAAGAACUUUAAUUUCUUUACAAAAUCAAAGGAGUCUUAUGAUGAAAAAAUUGCAAAGCAAAAAACUCAAAAAACUUCUACUGGCAAUGAAGAUACAAAGGUUAUGGAACCUUUCUUAAUUGAAAAACCUUAUUUCACUGCUCCAACAUGGGAAAGCACAGUCGAUCAAUCUUAUAAAUCAUUAUUCCCUGAAGAAAGAAGUGUUAUUCAAAGAGCUCAAAUGAGAUUACAACAACGUCAUAUGAACUCGAUGAAUGCAGCAGCAGCAGCAGCAGCAGCUAAUUCUCAAAUGGGUGUCGCUAUGGGCAAUAUGGUUAGAUUUCCAAUUGGAUCCCAAGGCUCACCUGGACCUAUGAUGGGUAAUAUGGGCAUGUAUAUGCCGUUCCAACCUCAACCGAUGUUUUAUCCAGGUAUGCCUCAAAUGAUGGGCAUGAUAGGUAGCAACGACGAUAUAAGUGGUAGUCAAUCACCACAACCAACACCAGGCCAUUUUCAACCAGCUUAUAUGAACACUGCUCCAAAUGCCGCUCCUUUGGGUGGAUUUGGAUAUCCAGCACCAAUACCUUUCCAAACUAUGGUGGUUGGAGGUGGCGAUGCAGGUCCAGGUGGAAGAAAUAAUUACAGGCAGAACUAUCAUCAUCAUAAUAACAAUAAUCAUGGCCACAAUAAUCAUCAUCACUAUGCUAACAACAAUACUAAUAAUAACCAUGGUAAUGGUAAUAACAACAAUAAUAAGAGUAACAGUAAUAAUAAUAUGCACCAUUAG